AUGUUCACUCAACCCUCAGGUGCUAAGUCUUCUGCCCAGAGCACUCCCUACAAAACCAAGUACCAUCAUCCGGAACAAGAGGAAACCAUCUCCGAGGAUGAAUCGCAAAUUAACAAUAUUCUCAAAGCCUUGAAGCAAUAAUAUCUGAUCCUGGACAAUACGCUCAAUGAGAAGGAGGAAGAAAAAGCUUAGAUUUUAGAGGACUUGUAAAUCUUGAAUCAGAGAUUGCAACAACUAAAUAGAUCGGUUGCUGUCAAGAGACAAAAGUAUGAGAAAUGUGACAGGACCCUGAAAGAAGCCGAGUCGGCAUUUGCAACAAUUGCUGAUUCUACUAAAUCUCUGCUCCAGAUUGUCAAAAGCAAUAUAGGAGAUAUGGGCAAAAAACAAAAAAAUUGA